UCCCCGGUGGCCCGGCCCUUGAGUGCUCCCUGGCCCCCGCACAGCCGUUAGCGGCCGCCUCUUCGGCCCCCGGUGCUCGCGCCCGGCGCAGUCCGCCUCCGGCCGGCGCCUCCACACCCCGGGCGGAGGCAGCGCCGGCCCUCUGGCCGAGAAGAGGACGACGGGCGGGGGACGGCGGACCCGGGCCGCGAGCCCCGUGCAGACCGUGCGGCGCGUAGUGGGAGCUUGCGCUCAGUGGGCUCUUGAUGCAUUUCGUUGAAUUGUUUUUCUGGUUGGAGGAACGUAGGGCCCCUAAGAGGAAGGGGGUCGCUCCGGGCUAGCCGGAGGGCGUUCGUGAUCUGGGUCGUGGUGAAUCGGGGGGGAGGUCACCGGAGACUGUGGGGCAUUUGCGCGCGUUGCAGGGGAGGGGGCACCCGCCAAGUCACUUGGGGCUCUAAGGCUCCGAUCCGGGGGUCCUCAAGGUCGACGAGAAGAGAGGUUCAUCCGGAGAUGAUAGAGGGAACUGGGGAGCUUGGAUGGGGAGCUUGGAUGGGGGAAGUGACUGGAGCACCUCCGGAGUUUAACCCGAGGUGGAAAGGGAUGCGCAGGCGGGCGCUGGAAGACUCUCUGCAACUACUUGGGGUCCUAAGAUUCUUUGGUGCUGGGAUUUGGGGAUUCAAGCAGCUGAAGCGAAAUGACUUUCUGGAGAGGGAGUUGCAUUUUAAAAAGGAUGCUCAGAAGCAGUUUAAGCACACAACUUGCUUGGUUCUGAACUUUGAGAGGCCGGGGUAUUGGAGUCACGAGGUGAUUUCUGACGUUUUCUUUCGGCAUUCCAACCAAAAGGUGGACCUUGGCAGUUAUCUUUUAUUUUAAAAGGUCUUAUAAUCAAUGGAUAAAGUGGGGAAAAUGUGGAAUAACUUCAAAUACAGGUGUCAGAAUCUCUUCAGUCAUGAGGGAGGAAGCCGUAGUGAAAAUGUGGAUAUGAACUCCAACAGAUGUUUGUCUGUCAAAGACAAAAACAUCAGUAUAGGAGACUCAGCUCCUCAGCAACAAAGCAGUCCCUUAAGAGAAAAUGUUGCCUUACAACUGGGGUUAAGCCCUUCAAAGAAUUCUUCAAGGAGAAACCGAAACUGUGCCACUGAAAUUCCUCAGAUUGUUGAAAUAAGCAUUGAAAAGGAUAAUGACUCAUGUGUCACCCCAGGAACAAGACUUGCAAGAAGAGAUUCCUACUCUCGACAUGCUCCUUGGGGUGGGAAGAAGAAACAUUCCUGUUCUACAAAGACACAGAGUUCACUAGAUACCGAUAAAAAGUUUGGUAGAACUCGAAGUGGACUUCAAAGGAGAGAGAGGCGAUAUGGUGUAAGCUCUGUGCACGACAUGGACAGCGUUUCCAGCAGAGCCGUAGGAAGUCGCUCUCUGAGACAGAGGUUGCAGGAUACUGUGGGCUUGUGUUUUCCCAUGAGAACUUACAACAAGCAGUCAAAGCCCCUCUUUUCUAAUAAAAGAAAAAUACACCUUUCUGAGUUAAUGCUUGAGAAAUGCCCUUUUCCUGCUGGCUCGGAUUUGGCCCAAAAAUGGCAUUUGAUUAAACAGCAUACAGCCCCUGUGAGCCCACAUUCAACAUUUUUUGAUACAUUUGAUCCAUCCUUGGUUUCUACAGAAGAUGAAGAAGAUAGGCUUCGAGAGAGAAGGAGGCUUAGUAUUGAAGAAGGGGUUGACCCCCCUCCCAACGCACAAAUACAUACGUUUGAAGCCACUGCACAGGUUAACCCGUUAUAUAAACUGGGACCAAAGUUAGCUCCUGGAAUGACUGAAAUAAAUGGGGACAAUUCUGCAAUUCCACAAGCUAAUUGUGACUCUGAAGAGGACACAACCACGCUGUGUUUGCAGUCACGGAGGCAGAAGCAACGUCAGGUAUCUGGAGACAGCCAUGCCCACGUUAGCAGACAGGGAGCUUGGAAAGUCCAUACACAGAUUGAUUACAUACACUGCCUCGUGCCCGAUUUGCUUCAGAUCACAGGUAAUCCCUGUUACUGGGGAGUGAUGGACCGUUACGAAGCAGAAGCCCUUCUGGAAGGGAAACCUGAAGGUACAUUUUUGCUCAGGGACUCUGCACAGGAGGACUACCUCUUCUCUGUGAGCUUCCGUCGCUACAACAGAUCCCUGCAUGCCCGAAUUGAACAGUGGAAUCACAACUUUAGUUUUGAUGCUCACGACCCGUGUGUGUUUCACUCCUCCACUGUAACAGGACUUUUGGAACAUUACAAAGACCCCAGUUCUUGCAUGUUUUUUGAACCGCUGCUUACGAUAUCACUAAAUAGGACCUUCCCUUUUAGCCUGCAGUACAUCUGCCGUGCAGUCAUCUGCAGGUGCACUACGUAUGAUGGAAUUGAUGGGCUCCCUUUACCGUCAAUGUUACAGGAUUUUUUAAAAGAGUAUCAUUAUAAACAAAAAGUUAGAGUUCGCUGGCUAGAACGAGAACCAGUCAAGGCAAAGUAAACCCUCCUGUCCCCAAAGGGCAUUAACUAGAUCUGCUUUUAUGCGCAUCGGGCAGUACACCUCUAGCAAGCACACAUAUCAGUGUUAGGUUUUCUUCAGUACAGUAUGUAAGCUUAGUGUUAGUAUUUGUCAGGUGCAAUCUGCUGUUACUUACUCAGAUAAACGUGGUGCCUAUUGAGACAACAGAGGAUACAGCUACAGGUGUUCGGUAAGGCUACAAAAACAUUCUGCCGAUUUAGCUGACAGUUUGGUUUUUAAUGGCUGUAGUUAACUGAGUGAAGCAACUCUGGGGCAUUUGCUAUGAAGAAUUCUAUUUCUUACUGAAGAACAAAUUAUUAAUAUUGGAUGAGGAUUUCAACAGUGUGACUAAUGUUUGAAAUUAUUAUUUUUUCUAAGAAUUUUUCUAUAACCUUCCAAAAGUAGUGAUGUUUGUAGUUACUAUAAAUCAAGCUUUGGAAGUCCAAAAAAUAAAGACUGCCUUCCUUUUAGAAAAAAAUGCAGUUUUCUGGCCACAAGGGCAUAGUGCAGUGCAGUUCACUUAAGUGUUGAUAGUCUCCUUUUCUCUUCUGCAAAAGGUACUGUUAAGUAAACCAGUUUUCUAAGUAGUAGUUCUUAAAAUUUCAGACUUAUGAAAAGUUGGUAGUAGAACUUUAUUUAAGGCCUUAAGUGUUCAUUUUUUAAUGAGUGCUUUAACACAGCACAUUGGGAACAGCUGCUGCAGAGCAGGCCUGCGUGUGAUUUUUUAAGGUGACGUGUGCAGUCAAAUCGCUGACUCGUUAAAGUUGGAUCUUUUUCUAUGCCCGUGAUGAGUUUGUGAACCAUGAAGAAAAUGAGACUGAAAGAUACCCAAACAAGUCAGAUAAUACUACCGUGGUUGCUGACUGUUGAGAUUAUUGUUAAACUGUAAUUCAUAAUUUAGAUGGCAGUAUUUAUCUCUUUGUUGUAAACUCUUAUAGCUGAAUUGCUUAAGUACGAGUUAUAGAAUUUCAGUGCACUUAAUUUUUAAUGGAAAAAUCUUAAACCUAAAUUGCUGAUUUAAAAGGUACUGUACAACCAUUGUAUCUGUAAAUAACUUUACUUAGCACCUUUUUGUCACUUAGAAUAGUAUGCAAUACUACUUGAGUGAGCUAUUUUGGAAGUAAUACCAAGUUCUAGUGUUUGCUUCUUAGUAUUGGACUGAAUUUACAGUUCCGUCCUGGACAUUUUGCACUAAAGUAGUCGAAUCCAUUCUUCUGUCUUUUUGUUAACGUGCUCUGUACCACUGGUGAGUGCUCCUUAGUUUCCUUACCGGCUGCUACAGAAAGUUCUUUUACAUCCCAAUGGCUAUCGCCAAGGCCACAAAAAAGAAAAGCUAUAUUUGUAUGCAACACUAACCCUUUGACUGCUAAUGUAUGUUUCCGCUUGCUGUGCCUUGUUACGGCUGCUUUUUUGUGCUAAUAAAGUACGUUUGGUGUUCUCCUUGUAUAUCUGCUGUUUUAUACAUUUGCAACAAUUUCUCUUGUAAAUGGAAUGGUUUGGGGUUUUUAAAUAAGCAUUACCUGACAACCUACUAUAGUUAAUGCAGAAUUACUGAACAGUCUAAUAUUGACUUAUUCCGACUAAGCUAACUCUAAAUUUAAUUCUGUACAUCUUUCCAAUCAUAAUCACAUAUACUGUGGAACAGUAUCUAUAGUUACUGCAAAUUACUGUAUAGUCUAGAUUAUAACAGAAAAUGAACAGAGAAAUACUGGCUAAACCUAUUGAUUUCUCUGCUUAUAAGUGAAAGGUUGAAACUAUCGAUGACAUGUUAUAAUAAAUGAAUAUCUAUAGCCUCCCACUGCAUCAGAAACAAGUUAAAUGAAGUCUUGUAAACUAAUAAUACAUCAGCACCAUUUAUUGGUUUGGGGACCAUUUUAAUUAAUAACAAAUGCCCAAAAUGUAGAACUUUAACCAAAGACUUGUCCAUUUUAAAGCAAAAUGGGGAUUGAAGGGACUUACAAUUCCUGUUGUUUCUAAUAGAAGUCCCUGAAGAACAUAUACCAAAGUGUUUGAGAACUUCAUCCAAACCUACUUUAAAGCAUUAUGUGCAAUUAAGUUGUUAUGACAUAAUUACAGUGCAUAAUUGUUGGGUCCGUUUUCUUGAGCUUAUAAUGUACCUGGAAAAUAAACCUCUUGGGGAAGAAAAAGUUCAUACUGAUUAUUGGAGAAAGACUAUAUAUGCAAGCAAGAUCUUAUUUUAAAGAGGUAACUUGAAACUCCAAGAAAGCACUUGAUGUUUUGUAUGCUUGUAGCAAAUCGAUGUUUUAAUUGUAGUUUUAUAGAAAGUAUUAAUGCUUUUAUGUAUUUCAGAAAUUUCAUAUGUUAAAUGGAAAUUGUUUUAAAUGUGUAAAUAUUCGAGUUUAUGUAAGCAUGUAUGUUACUGUGCUAAAAGUCACUUAUGUUUCAGUGUGUAAUAUUAAUAUGCAACUUUUGGUUUAAAAUUUUUUCUUAAACAAUUAGUGGCUUACAUUUUAAAAAAGAAAAACCACCAGCAUGAAACUGCACCUAAGUCUAUAUUCACUGUGUCUUUUUCUGAAUCCCGUUGUAGCCUGUCAACUAAAUUUGUGUUUUCAUGGUCUUUUUGAAGUGCGUUUUAAUGAGAACUAGGAAAUUCUUUAGAAGUUUAGACACUUCAUAGUGAAGUAAUUAUAAUUUAACCCGAGGAAAGAUUGCUCUGAUUCAUAUCCAUUCUCAUUCUUACGUUCACUUAUUCAUUCAUUCACACUCCCUAUAUACAUAUGCAUAUAUAUAUAUAUUUAUGCUGUUAUUAAUUUCAACAUUAAUAUUGCCAUCUGAUUCAAAAUCAUGUAAAGGCCUUAUUCUAUAUAUAUAUACUAUCCUUGUACCAUUCAUACUUGAUUAUCUACACCUGAAGUUUAGUCUUACAACUAUAAUCUUGUUUGUAAUACCGUUACCUUAAAAAGAGAAAGCAUUCAUUAGUAUUUUCUUUACUGGCUAAACACAGUAAAAAAAAUUUUGAAGAAACAGCUUGGUUUAAAUAUAGUUACUAAGAGUCAUAAUUAAAUUUAUACUUUUUAGACAAAAAUUGAGCCCAAGUAAUCAUACUCCACAAACUGAUCUGUGUUCCUAUGGUCCAUGAGAAGGUUUAUAUAAGAUUUAUAGUGGCUUGAACUAUAAAAAUUGAUACUUGAAUUCUAACCUUCAUUUUGACAAAACUCAAAGUUUAUGAACAUUUUUGACAUUUUGACCUGGUUGCUAUUCAUUUUCCACCCUAAGCUUCCUUUGCUCCAUGGCACUAAAUACUAGUUUGGUACGUUUUAUUGAGAUUGAUGUUAGAAAUCCCUUAUUUUUGUAGCAAAGAAAGUUACAAAGUUCCUUUUUGGUAGAGGCAAAGAGUCUAGAGUGAGUCAGAACUCUCCUAGGAAAGAUGCAGGGCCUAUAUCUAUCUCUGGUAGUGUGUUACCACCACAGAUCACACCAGUUCCUUCAUUUAUUCUGUACCGCAACACAUAACAGUUUUACCUAGAUGAAAUUAGGUAAACAUGCACACUAAGGGCUGACUUAAAGGUGAGAAACGUUUCCAAAGGGGGCAAUGCUGCUUGGUGCAUAAAAACUACAUAUCUAUGAGGCUCAGGCUUUGUUUCAUAUUUUUGCAACAGCCAAUAGAGAACACAGUCUUUUAUAAUGUGGUAUAUUUCUAAGGAGAUUUGGGGUGGGAUUUCUGUGGGAGGUGGUUGGUUGUUGUUUUGGAGGGUGGGGCGUGGAGGGAUUGUCCUUUCAAAGUAGGGAUCAGUUGGAACAACUGUUUCCAUGCCCAGGAAGCUUGAUUGAAUAUUUAGACUCAUUUCAGCCAUUCAUUCAACAAAUAUUCAUUGAAGACCCAUGUGCCAGUCACCAUUUUAGGUGAUGGGUAUAUAUUGGGUAUAUAUUAGGUGAUGGGUAUAUAUUAGGUGGGUAUAUAUUAGGUGAUGGGUAUAUAUUGGGUUACAAGACAAAGUUAUAGGGUCACUAGAGAAUAGUGACCUUGAGUGAUGAGAAGAUGAUCACCAAGAUCAAAGAAAAGAGUAUUUUAAUGAAAGAAACAAAACUAAAGAUCUCAAAGCAGGAGUGAGCUUUUAUACUGAAAGAGAGAAUGCCAGUAAGACAAGUCCAGUGAGUGUGGUGAGGAAUGGUGGGUGAUAAGUUUGUAGAGAUUGGCAAGGGCCUGAUCACUUGGGACUGUGGGCCCAAAGUAAGGAAUCUAAAUUUUAUUCUGAGUCUGACGGUAAGUAAGGGAGUGACAUGGCCUGCUUUAUAUCCCUUUAAUAGAUGGAGAACAAGCUAUAGUGGGGCAAAAUUAAGGUGACUGUUGCGGUUUCCUAAGUGUGAGAUGGUGACAACCUGGACUGGAGUGGUAGUCAUAGGGAGGAGUUUUUUGGUGGAAAAACUUGACAGGAUUUGGUGAUGGGUUAGAUGUGAAGAAGAAAGAAGAAGUCAAAGAUGAGUCCGAUUUUGAGCAAAGGAUGGUGAUGCUGAGAUUUCAGAACAACAGUGGAGGAGCAAAUUGGAGGGUUUAAAUCAAAACUUGCCUUGGAUAUGUUGAGAUUUGAGAUUCCUGUUAAUUAUCUCAAUGGAGACAGACAUUGGGUAGACAGAUGUAUGAAUGUAGAGUUAAGGGAAAAAAGUAAAAUACGGGGAGUUGCUAUAUGGAUAAUAUUUAAAACUAUAGGACAGGAUGGUAACAGCUAGGGAUUUUGCAGGGGGUUAAGUAUUUCUUCGGGGGAAGUAAUUAUGGCGGCAUUUAUCUUAGUUUGUCGAUUCAAGAUUCUGUAUCAUUGAAAGCCAUCUGCUUUCAAUAGAGGACUUGCCAUUCCAAAAGUUUUUAAAUACUGGAAUCAUAAGCCUUGCACUCAGUUUUAAAACUUCAUCCAUGUCAAAUUGGUUGUCAUGUUUUCUAUGUCAGGUUGGCUUGUGUAUCUUUUUUAGUACAAAUUUUUAUAUGAGAAAUGCAAGUUUAUUAUGGAAUACUUAGAAAAUACUGAAGAUUAUAAAGAAUCAGGACCACGGCAAAGUCCAUAUUAUCAUUUUCUCUACCAUCACCAACCCCGACCCUCUCAACUCCCAUUUUGUAAUCUUCCAGAGGUAACUGCUCUUAACAUUUAUUAUAUUCCCUUCCACUAUUUUUAAUGCAUUUCUAACAAUUAGAAGAUGAAAGUUUAUGCAAUAUGGAUACAGAUAGAUGACAACAUACCAAGGGAGGAAGAGAGUUAUAGGCCUUGAAUCACUUUUAGAGCGUAAACUCAGAUGUGCUCCAAAUUUACUUUUUACCUGAUUCAGUGUGGAGCUAGGUUUCUUGAGACUUUUAAGACAGGUCAUUGAAUGGAUAGAGUAACUGACACUGCUAAGGCCCAGUCACUGAAGGUUUCUUGAAAUACAAUUUCAGUAGAAGAUGAGAACCCUCAUCUCAUAGAACUUUUAAACUAAUGGGGACAGAGGCAAAUAUAUAAAUGUGUAAUGACGAGAAUAUAUGAAAAUAAGCAAAAAGUAAUUGAGCAAAAACUGGUUGCGUGCUUGGUAAGGAAAAACACAAAAGUGACCCACAUGGAGACAGGGUGAUUCGGUGCCUUAGAUUUGUUUCAUCACAAGAAUGUUUAAGAAAUUGACUUAGUGGAUGGUGGAGCAGUCAGGUGUGGAAGUGUAGUGGUAAGUAACAACUGAUGAGGGCAGGGUGUGGUAGAAGAAUUUGUUGAGUGUAGCAUUUGAAUAUACUAGACUGAAGAGUCUGAAUUUAUCUAGGUUCGUAAGUAAGCAAGGUAGAAUUAGAAAUUCUGCCAGCAGCUGUAAAAUGGAUUAUGACCAGGAGAGACUGGAGAAAGGACGCUCUGUGAAAUUUGCUUGGGUCAGAUUGAUAGCACUGGAAUUAAGCUGAGGAGCACAUCAGAAAGAAAGCACACAAGGGAAAAAAAAAAAUAGCACCAAAAAUUUGGGGUAAGGAAAAGAAGCAGUUUGCUUGCCUAGAAGAUUGUUAGUUAACUGUGUCAUAAUUUCUCCAAAUUCAAGCAAAUUAUAAGAAAGCCAAGCUAGUAUCUCCCAUUUAAUAUGAAUAUGUAUCCUCUCUAUUUUAAAAUAAAACUAAAUAUGUGUAGCAUAUUUUUGAAAGGCACAUUUUUAAUGCAAAAAAAGUAAUAUUUAAAUAGGGAAAACUUCAUCACUCUUAGCUAUACUUACAUAGAGAAAUUAGGAAAACUAUGUAAAAUCUAAACAUCAAAACUUUUUUUCAACCUGACAAAAAUGCUGAGAACAGGUGGCAAAAUAAGAUUUAAGAGGGUGUUACUGAAUUUAACCCCCCAAAUGCUAUUGUGAUUGAUGUAUUUUUUUCUCAUUCUUAAUUUGAGUGAGUGAAGCCUGCACUGAGUUUUUAUUUAGUAGUCAGUCUUACAUUUAGAAAUGUAUAGUAUUACUGCCUGAUAUUUCUUCCUCUAAGUAUUUACUAAGCAUCCCUCUAUAACUGGAAACCCAAGAUUUUAGGGUAUUUUUUUAAACUUAAUAUAACUUUACCAUUACACUGAAUGGUAUAAUACUUUCUCAUCUGUCUUAAAAUACAAUUAUGCACUUAAUCCUACUUUUUUUUGCUUCUAUCUUUAAGAUGAAUUAUUUUAAAUUUAUAGUGAUUUUUGUAAACAUUUUAAUAUAUUUUUAAAAAUUGAACUGGAAUAAUUUAAAGCUUUUGUCAUCUAAUUUUAUAAAUAUUUUUUAGGUAUCCUUGGGUGUAAUACAGGCAGUAUGGAAUUUUAAUGACAUUAUAGGAAUAGAGAAAAAUUUUGGUAUACAGUAGUAGUUACAAUACUGUGAAUGAUAAAAUCUGUAAAUUAUAUUUUUAAAGUACUGUCUUUUGGCAAUUUUUAUCCAAAUAAUAACAGGAUUAGAAAACUAAAAUUAAUUUCUAAAAUUUGGCUAUGCUAAGUUUCUCAUCUUUCAAGUAGAUAAUCUUAGAGGCAGUAUAGUUUAUUGGUGAAGUGAACAAAAUAAACGUUAAGGGCCUACAUUUGAUCUAUGAAUUCUGCCAGAGGCCGAGUGAUGUACCUAAAAUAAUCCUAGAGGGAAAGCUGCCAGAAUAGCUUCCUGGCCCAGCAAACAAACCGUAUAUAACCUGAUGCAGCAGACGGAUUAUUAUGUAAUACAUAAGAUUUACCUGAGCUGCUGUGUUCUAAUCCCCUACUUGUCUUUGAUACGUGACUGAAAGGUGUUAAGUACUUGUCCAAGGUCACAGGAAGAGUGAAUGUUGGAGCUAGGUUUUAAACACGGGUUGAGGCCAGAACCUAAGCUCUUAUCAAUGAUACUUUAAGUUUUGGAUCCUAAUUUUGUUAGCCAAGUCCAUAUCUCUUCCAAUGCUCUGUCCCUUACUUUCACCUCAAGGGGACAAUAGAUUUUCAACAACUGAUAAAAACAGAUUCUAAACCGUUGAUAAAACUGUUGAAACAACAGGCCUCUAGAGUUUCCUUAAUUCAUAUUCUCCAGUUCAUUAUCUAGGGAGUCACCCACAUAUUUCUCCAACUUUUUCUAGCACUGCUUUUCCCCUUGCUCACUACUCUGCUGUCAUGCUGGCCUUCAUAUGAUGGCUCCAGCACUCCAGUAUCGUUCCCACCUCAGAGCUUUUGCACCUGUUGCUCCCUCCUGAAAUUCUCAACCUUUCCUCUCUUCCACAUAGCAAGAUAGGUUCUUUUCAUUCUUUAUCUCUUAAGCUUAAAUGUCACCUCCUCAGAGAGACCUGAUUAUGCCAUUUAUAGGAGAUCUCCCCCAUAUUAUUCUCUGUCUCUGCCCUGCUUUUGUUUUCUUCAUAGAUUUUAUUACAAAAAACUUGCAAAUAAGUUAUUCGUUUGGGUUUGGGUUUUGACUUUACCUCUUGAGAAACUCAGAAAAGAGACCGCCUCUACCUUGUUUGCUAUUUUAUCCUCAAUGCGUAGCAGAGUACUAACCCAGGGUAGAUUAUUAAUAUCUGUUAAGUGAGUGAAUGAAUUAAUCAUCCUCUUGUAUAUAUUUAUCCACUUUACUGACAAAUAUAUCAUGAAAACCUUA